AUGACCACCGCGGCCAGACCAACUUGGGCACCUGCUAAAGGUGGAAAUGAACAAGGCGGUACUCGAAUUUUCGGUCCUUCCCAGAAGUACUCCUCAAGAGACAUAGCCUCACACACCACUCUCAAACCCAGGAAAGACGGUCAGGAUACACAAGAUGAAUUGAAGAGAAGAAACCUACGCGAUGAACUGGAUGAACGUGAAAGGAGACACUUCUCAUCAAAAAACAAGUUUUAUAAUGAUGACAGAGAUCAUGGAAAGGGUAAUCAUCUAUUUCUGGAAGGAACAAAAAGAGAUUUCGAAGACCACAUUGUUCCACGCAGUGUUGAUGCAGAUGAUUCGGAUGUUGAAGUCAACAGCGAUGACGAAAGUGAUGAUGACGAUGAAGAUGACACUGAAGCUUUGCUGGCCGAGCUUGAACAAAUAAAGAAGGAAAGGGCAGAGGAAAAGCUGCGCAAGGAACGGCAACAACAAGAGGAAGAUCUUAAAGUAAAUGAAGCAGAGCUUAUGCGCGGAAACCCAUUGAUAAAUAAUCCUACAUCUUUCAAUGUCAAAAGAAGGUGGGAUGAUGACGUGGUUUUCAAAAAUCAAGCGCGUGGUGAAACCAAGCUGGCUAAGCGAUUCAUCAAUGAUACCAUCAGGAAUGAUUUCCAUAGGAAAUUCCUGCACAAAUACAUGAAGUAA